AUGCGAGUCCUCAUAGGUGAUGAGACCGGUUUACUCAAGUCUAUUGAACUUGAGAAGAACGAACAGUGCAUCCUAUCAGGUCUCGACCACCCACAAGCACGAUCUCGAGGUAUUCAGCGAUUAUGUUGGUGCGCAGACGAGUACAAGACCGUCGAUUCUCAACGCAAUGUGGUGCUGGCACGCGCUGACGGUGUCGUAGAGAGUUACGAGGCCUCUCACAACAAUAAUAUUAGCAACACUAGAAAUCCAGUUUGGUCUUGGCCAGCUCCAGAGAAAACUCAAAGAAUGGCACGGUGCGUAGGAAUAGACUUCAUACAAAAGUCUAGCUCUAUAGUGCAGUGCUCCGACACAGGUGAUGUGCUAGUUCGCAGCAUAUUGGAGAGAGAUAAUCCAUUAUCAUUUAAUGUUGGCGGUGGACUACACAUGAUGCGUCUUGAACCUGUAGCGCAAUCUUGUAUUGGUGUCGGCGGUAAGGAGCAUGACCUGAAUUUGUGGUCAUUAGAGACCCAGCAAGUUCUGUUUAAAGCCAAAAAUGUAACACAUGACAAGCUAGACAUGCGUGUACCCGUUUGGAUCAAAGACUUGCGUUUUUUAUCUUCUGGUACAAGCAAUGGCCACCGCGUUAUUGUCGGCACUGCUUACUGUCAAAUUCGAAUCUACGACUCAAACACAAAGCGAAGACCAGUACAACAGCUUGAUAAUUUCGGAGAAAAUCCGAUUCAAUCGCUUUGCAUAUCACCAGAUGAGACUCAAGUGUAUAUCGGAGAUACAGCAGGAAACUUGGACAUUUUGGACUUACGUACUUUGAAGCAUAUGGGCCGAUGCACAGGACCAGUCGGAUCCAUUCGGGAUAUUGCGUGCCACCCGACGCUUCCAUACAUUGCAGCAGUUGGCCUUGAUCGUAUGGUACACGUUUUUGAUGUCAAUACACGCAAAUCUUCCUGA